AAGGUCAUUUUUUGGCAAAAAGAAAAUGUCGCUGAAAAGUUUCGAAGAACAUCAAGUUGUACCCGAUGUCAUAAGUGUGGCACCCAGCGAGUUGUUGAGCGUCAAAUAUGACAGCGGUGUAGAGGUUAAGGAAGGUAAUGUUCUAACACCAACCCAGGUGAAAGAUCAACCCAAACUUAGCUGGAAUGCCGAUCCAAAUGCAUUCUACACUGUGUGCAUGACCGACCCGGAUGCACCCAGCCGCAAAGAGGCCACAUAUCGUGAAUGGCAUCAUUGGUUGGUGGGCAAUGUACCCGGCAGUGACAUUAGUGCCGGUGAAGUGCUAUCAGCCUACAUUGGUUCCGGACCACCACAAGGUACCGGUUUGCAUCGUUACAUUUUCUUGGUCUACAAACAGGAGGGCAAGCUGACAUUCGAUGAGAAACGUUUGCCCAACAAUAGUGGAGAUAACCGUGGCUGCUUCAAGAUUGCCUCGUUUGCUGAGAAAUACAAGUUGGGUAACCCUGUUGCCGGUAAUUUCUAUCAGGCUGAAUGGGAUGAUUAUGUACCCAAGUUGUACGAACAAUUGGGUGCUUAAUUUGCAGUGCGGAGUGA